AUGCUGCACACCAUGCUGCCCCCCCCGCCGGCGGGAGUGGGUCGCCCCGACGACUCCGCGAGGGGGUUCAGGCCGUACCACGCGGGCGGCUCGGGCGGGGGGGGCGGGGGCGGCGGGGGGGGCCCCGAGGAGAUGAGGCUGCCGGGGAUGCCCCCCGCGCCCCACGGGGCCCCCCAGCACCCUGCGGCCGGGGCCCCCCACGCCCUGAGCCUGGACCCGGCCACCGUGGCGGCGUUCUACCACCCGGCGUUCCUGGCCCACCCGGCGUUCCAGUACCCGGCGUUCAGGCUGGACGACCCGUACUGCCUCUCGGCACUCCGCUCCCCGUUCUUCCCGCUGCCCCCGCUGCCCCCGCUGCCCGGAGUGCGCUGCUACCAGCCCGAGAUGGCGGCGCCCGCCGGCAUCGGCAGCAGCACGCCCAGCGCCGAUCGGCUGCAGGCCGAGAAGGAGUCGAGGCAGCGGGAGAUGGAGCGCGAGCGGGAGCGCGAGCGGGGCGCGCGAGGAGCGUGA